AAGUACAGGGAAGAGCGACUAAGCUGAUAAAGGGAAUGGAUACAUAUAAAGUGCUGAGAUUACUCUUGGGGUCUGUGAGACGGGGGGGGGGGGGGCAGUGGGACGGAUAUUUUGCAGAGAAACCUCCCCCCGGAGGAAUAUAAAGGGGGGCCUCAGUGGGCAGAGGUGAGAGGAGCUGUAUCGGCGCUGGCACUCGCACAUCUGAGCCAAGGAGAGAUGCCCAAGGUGAGGAGCCUGUUGCCCCCCGGGUACCGUGCCCUGCUGUUUGCCCUCUGUGUCUGUCUCCUUAUCAGGGGGGGGCAAGGAGAGGACUCGGGGCAGGAGUUGGCGUUGGAAUAUGAUACCCUGCCACCCAACAGCCUGGCUGCGGCACUGGAAGAGAUGUUGGACUAUAACCAAGAUAAAGGCAUCAGGCUCCAAAGAAGAGUCGGCCAACUUCCCUGGUGUGACGUGGGGGGGCGCUGUGCCAUGAAGCGGGGGCCCCGGAUCGGGAAGCUGUGCGACUGCCUGCGAGGGACAUCGUGCAAUUCCUUCCUGCUGCGCUGUUAUUAGCCAAUGGCUGAGCCCAGGCUUUCCCUUCUCGGAUGGCGCCCCCUGGCUGUAACCCCGUGUCUGUGUGUAAUGAAAAGAAAACCUGAAAGCA